CCGAGCUCCGCGUCCCCGGCGGCUGCGGCGGGGCUGCUCCAGCCCCGCAGGUUUGCACCGCGCCCGGGUGCCGUCCCCGCAGGCUGGUAUAACAGUGCUCGGGAUGCCACCGUGCUCCGUGGGAACCCAAGUUCCAUGCUGACUCACUUCGCUGCAGAGGACACCUCAAGGGACACUGGGAGGUGGGCACUCCCUGUCCUGGCCCUGGAUGUGCACCACACCAGUUUGGGCGAGCUCAGCCCUGGCCUGCCAGACCCCCUCACUACACCCUGCUGACAGGAGGAGAUACGGUGUAUGCUGGAGGUUUCUUCUCUCUGGAAAAAGCCAACGCUUGUCCUUCCAGUAGGGGCUAAGGUACGGCUGGAUAACGGCUGAGGAUGUGCUAUGGAGCCGGGAUUCAACUGCUCUGAGCUCUGCGAUGGCAGCUCCAGUUUUGACAGCCAGCAGCAGCGGGCACUGCAGGAGCUCUGCACCGUAACAGUGACAUCUUUUGACCACAGUGGGAAGAGCUUCCCAUCCUUCUCUGCUGGUCUCCUGGGAGUUGUGUGGACAUUCCUGACUGGAGGAGUCCUGCUAGCGCUCUUCUUUCUCGUCUUCACAAUUCGCUUCAGGAAAAACAGGAUCGUGAAGAUGUCCAGCCCCAAUCUCAACAUUGUGACCCUGCUGGGCAGUGGCUUGACUUACACGAGUGCUUACCUCUUUGGGGUUCAGGAGCAGAGCCUGCCUUCUGGAGACUCCAUGGAAAAGCUUAUUCAGGUGCGGCUCUGCCUGCUGUGCGUGGGCACCUCCCUGGUGUUUGGCCCCGUCCUGGGGAAAAGCUGGCGGCUCUACAAGGUGUUCACCCAAAGGGUGCCGGACAAGCGGGUGAUUAUCAAAGACCUCCAGUUGCUGGCAAUGGUGGCAGCAUUGGUGCUGGCAGAUGCUGUGUUGCUCUUGACGUGGGUAUUUGCCGAUCCAGUCCAGUGCUUCCGAAGCCUCGGUGUCUCACUGCGGGCGACAGAGAAAGGCAUGACCUGCUCCAUGAGCCGGGUGCAGUCCUGUGCAUCGCUCUAUUCUGAUCUUUGGCUCGUUCUCAUUUUAGGGUUUAAGAGUAUUCUCCUGCUGUAUGGGACCUACUUGGCCGGUCUGACCGACAGUGUCAGCUCCUCACCAGUCAACCAGUCCUUGACACUCAUCGUUGGGGUCAACCUCGUUUUCCUGGCUGCUGGCACUAUCUGCUUAGUUCAUCGUUUCUUCCGUACUUGGCACAACUUGCUGUUUGGUUUUACCUCUGGAGGAAUUUUUGUGUGUACAACCACGAUCAACUGCUUCAUCUUUGUCCCACAGCUCAAGCAGUGGAAAGCCUUUGAAGAAGAAAGCCAAACUGUGAGCCACAUGGCAAAAUAUUUCACCAGCCCAAGCAGGAGCUGCCGCUCCAUGUACAGCGAGGAGCAGCUCUACCAGCUGAUAGGGGAGAAGAACUCCAUGAAGCGGCUGCUCACCGAGAAAAACGCCGUGAUUGAAAGCCUGCAGGAGCAAGUGAGCAGCGCCAAGGAGAAGCUGAUGAGGCUGAUGUCUGCGGAGAGCGACUGCAGUCCCCGUGCCUUGCCCGCAGCUCCCAGCACCUGGAGCUCAGGGGGGCAUGGGGAUGCACCAGGGGACCGCUGCCCCCCGGAUCCAGAGAGGGAUGGGUGGCAGCCUCCCUGCUCGCUGCGUACACCGCCUCUUUGCAGCAAUCCUCAGGCCCUUCAGGAACACGCAACCCACGAGCCUGUUUGCUCUCAGGUGCUGCUUUUUAACGCAGGGGGCAGCACUGAACUUGGCCUGAAAGACGUCCAGGAGUGUGGGACACCUGCAGAGCAGGGGCAGCCUCCGGAGCAGCUGCCAGGCCAGGACAACUCAGGUGGUGUAGCCUGGGAGUCAUCCCCCAAAGUCAGCUAUGUAAACAGUGAGAAGCUGUGGGAAAUCUUGCAAGAGCUAAGCCUGGAUGGCAAAAACUACAGCCCGGCCUUACCUGCAGGACCCCCACUUGGCAGCCGGGGCACCCCAGGCGACCAGGGAGAAACAUGGGGGGGCCAGGACGGCUACCCAGGCAUCCACACACCCCUCAGCCCCUACCUGGCGAGGCACCAUCGGAGAAUCCCUUUGCCCCCUGCCUCCACCCACUUCCCUGGACAUGUAUCCCCUCGUGCCAACCACAGGGUGAAGGAAGUGGGCAGCUGGAUCCAUGGGGAGUCAGCACACAUGUCCCUGGAAAGGGAAGGGGAGAGAGCUGGCAGAGGGUUCCUUCACCCCCCAGCACCAUCCUCUCCAGACAUCCCUAGGGAGGUCUGCCUUCAGCCAGAGGGGUGGCUAGGACGGCCAGAGUCCCAGGGUGCUUCAUCGUGCAUCCCGCAGGAGCAGUGGCGGUGGCAGGGCACCCCAAGGGGACCUGCUGAGCCUUCCCUGCGCUCACUGUACUACUACCCAGACUCUGACUCCAGCAGCAGCAGCUCUGAGGAGAUGUUUCACGGCUGCCACCGGCCCUGCUGCGAGGUCUGCUUCCAGAGCCCACCCCUGAAACACUGCAUGUUUUCAGCAAUGCUAAAGCUGCAUGUCAUUCUGGGGGAUGUACCUUUUUCUGGAAUCUGGGGAUCAGGAAUAAACCUUGCCCCGUUCUGGGUUGCAGUGUCAGCUCCAGCCUGA